AUGGUUGGCCUAUGUGCCCAUCUACUACCUGUUGAGUGCCUUUCUGCACCGCGUCGUUCCCAUGACAUAAUCGACAUAGCAAAAAAAAGAUGUGAUUGCAGCUGGAGCUUGCUGUGGCUGCCAUGUCAUAUAUGUCCCAAGGAUUCAGAAUGUGGUUUGAUGGGUGAGCUGUUGCGGCAUGCAGGUGACGUUUACGCGGUAUUUCUGUUGUCUCUUUUAGCUUUGCCCGUGAUUCCACUGAACUAUCUCCUGGUGCAUCUGGAUUUGGCACCCCUGAGUUUGGGCUAUGUUUUUCCCUGCAAUCUCUUCUGCUUGUUGCUCUUCAGUUGCUACCUACGCCCCAACGGCCACCUCUGCAGAAUCGCCGUUUCUGACAGCGAUUCGGAAGCCACGCAGUGUGAGGUCUCCGACUAG